GGUAGAACUGAUGCCAGUCGGUCCGUGUCCAGUGUAGUGCUACGAUGACCACCUCUGCUUCAGUGUCCGCCCCCGCAGUGCGCAAAACCAAAAAGCCCAAGUUACCCCCUAUCGAGGAGGACCGAUGGUGUGAACUGCCUGAUCUCGUGUUGGAGAACAUCUUCUCGUACCUCAACGCCGAGCAGAAGUACUAUGCUUCCCUGGUCUGCAGCGCCUGGUACCAGGGCUUCCACCUGCCCUACGCCUGGUCCACGUUUGUCUUCCAAGACACCACACUCACGCGGCGCAAGUUCAACUAUUACAGUGGCUGGCAGUACAUCCUGGACCACAUCCGCACACAGCAAUGCCUCAGCGCCAUCGGAAUGCACAUCCGAGUCCUGAUCUUCACUCCGAUGACGAACUUCUACAAUCUGUACGAGUUCAUGAACAUGGUCUCCUACUACGCGGAGCACCAGGGCCGUGACCACAUGACGGUGAAGGGGGUGGGGUCACUGAUACACACCCUCAAGUACACCUUCCCUUGCAACAUGAGCGCAAGAGAGGAGCAGCGCAACCGUCGUCUCUACGGCACUGGAGGGAAGUUGUUGGAGGCACUGAAGAGGCUGAUGGGUAAUCUGGAGUCCCUGCGCCAUCUGGAGUUGAUAGACCUCAUGUUGGACCAUCGUGAGGCCUUGUCUCUGCUGGAUCAGGUCUGUUACGAUCACACGCUGACCUUGCGCAGACUCUCGCUGGUCAACUGCACCAAGAUCACGUGUCCGUUGCUGCACGCAGGGGUGUUCCUCAACCUACAGGUGUUGGAGAUAAGCCCCCAAAACCUGGGAGAGGAUGUGGUCUAUCUGCUGGGAGAGAUCAGGCUGCAACACCUCCACAUCAUACAGAACCGUUACACACCCUUGGAUAUCACAGCAGUCAGCAGCAAGAGCUGGAAGCAAUGUGCCAAGAACAACCCUUCUCUCAAGGUGCACCUUAGAGUGGAGUGCAUCCGAGAACGUCAUCUUCUGUGGCAGGAAUCAGCACCGGUGCACACAGUGCUCUACGUCAGUCCUCAGUGUAAGCUGCUAACUGACAUUCUCACCAGAGCCAUGGACCUGUACAAGGACCAGCUCUGCGUGUUCGGACAUAUCAAGCUGCCCAGGUUCCAUCAACCCAAGAGCUUCAAUGACCGGAUGGAUCCGUUCUUGCUCAUGAUGUGUCGUGUUUGCCCUAAUCUCCACACACUUGUAGUGCGUGAGCGUGUCUCAACAAGCACAGUCCUCCUGCUGGCCAACGAGGGCAAGAAGCUGCGCUAUCUGUACAUUCGUCGUAAUGCUGUCAUACUGCGAUGUGACUGGCCUCACAAUCCUGAAUGGUCUCCUGGAUUCUACGAGUGGUUACGCAUGGCCUCACGCUCGUACGAGGACACAGAGCGGGAGGUCUCACAGAAGUUCGGCCGUGCAUGGCACAUGCUCUCGGACAAGGAGUUCACUCGUCUGUCCGCAGCACAACUGACAGCCAGUGUACACUGACAUCUGACAUCGUCUAUUCAUACUGGGCUCCACUACGUACCAAUCACUCUUUGCUUAGCUACUAAAUGAUGUAAGUGUUGAUAAAUUUUGUUAACGGAAAAGGGUAAUGAAACACACUUUCCCCUAAAUGUCUUUCUAAUUACACAAACCAAAUUAUUGCAAAUUAAAAGUAAAUAUGAUUGAUUACCAAUAGAAUACAUACGAGUCUCUGUCCUGACUGACUGCAGGUACCGCUAGCUUAGUUCCCGAGAUGGGAUAUACAGAUCAAGGAAAGUAAGGAACACACAACGUAAAGGUGUGUGGAAAGUUUUAGAAUUGCGGAAUUCUGACUCAUCACAGGCAGUCACCUCUAGAGUGACCACGUUGUUCAAUUCAAUCCAUACAUAUUUAAUUUAUUCCUUAACUACAAAUAUUGAAAAGUGUUACAAAAUAAUAAAAGACGGCAAUGCUCUUUGAAAGAUUUCCACAAAAAUCUGUUCUCCUAAAGGCCUUUUAGUGCAUAUCACAAAGAUAAUAAAAGCAAAGUGUUUUAUAGUAAACUUUGCUUUACUUCCAAAUAACAUUGAAUUUUAGAACAGUGCCAAAUCUCAAACACAUACCAACCAUCCGACUUUUAAGUUCAAAUAUUGAUAAAAUCUUUGUUAAUAUUAAUUUAAUGAAUAUACAAAAAUUUAUUGAAAAUACAACAAAAGAACACACUUCAGGAUUUCUUUUUUUCUACUAAACACCCAGCAAAAUUCAAUGUUAUACUUUUUGUAAUUUAAGAGAACAUUUCUUCAUGAAACAUUCUUCCUAUGUAGAGUUGACCACGAGACUAAUGCAUUUCGAUUACCUUCCAACUUCAUUUGAUACGUAAAAACAUUGAAAGUGGUUGGUACAAUGUAUACUAACUGUGUUAUUAAAUAUUUAUUUCUACGAUUGUGAUAGAUUUUAAUAUUGUACAUUUUGUAAUACAUAUGUAUUUUAAAAUAAAACAAUUGUAGGUAGAAUUUUUUAAAUAUGUUAUAA